AGACCGGUCAUGGCGGUGGCGGCGCGGGCGCUCACGCUGCCGGCAGUGGUGGAGGAGCUGCUGAGCGAGAUGGCGGCGGCGGCGCGGGACGGCGCGCCGAUUCCUGAUGAGCAUCUGUUAUCGCUGAAGUUUGUCUUUGGCUCAUCAGCCGUCCAGGCCUUGGACCUCGUUGAUCGCCAGUCCGUCACCUUAAUCUCAUCACCCAGUGGGAGGCGUGUUUACCAGGUACUUGGAAGUUCCGGUAGAACAUACGUGUGUUUGGCCUCUUGUCAUUACUGUUCGUGUCCGGCAUUUGCCUUCUCAGUGCUGCGGAAGGGUGACAGCCUCCUGUGCAAGCACCUCUUGGCAGUUUAUCUUAGUCAGGUUAUGAGGACCUGUCAGCAGCUGAGCGUCUCUGACAAGCAACUGACUGAUGUAUUAUUGAUGGAAAAGACACAAGAAGCAUCAUAAAUGGCGCAGAUGGAGCAUCACACUGUCCUUCAACACACGCGUGAUUCACGCGGCCGAGACGCGAACCAGACUUCCUGUCGCUGUCCCUUCCCCGGGGGCUGCAGGAGGCAUUGUGGGUUGGGCCCAGGAUGUGCGUAUGGUUUGAAGCCCUCGUGAAAAGUCUAGACCAGCCUCCAAGCCCCUUGGGUAGAAAAUUUCCAGAUGGAAUCAAGCGUUUUAGACUCCAAAGCCUAACGUCAUGUCAUGGUCAUAAUUAGAUUCUUAAGUGACCAGAGUACUAGGCAUUUCUAAGAGGUUGGAACGGUAGGUGAAACAGCAAGCUGAAGUUUAUAGAUAAAUAAGCAUCAGUUCUUUUUCUUGGGUCCAGAAAAUUUUUCUGCAGUAAAAGGUUAGAGCGGAGAUGUGGCUAAAUGGCAGCAAAGACAAAAAGACAUCAGGGUUCUGGUUUCAGCGAGCUGCAGAAUCUGCGGUGUUGAGGCCAAAACGGCUGAUUAAAUAGGCUGUAUUGUGAGACAUGUAGUCAGUACCUAGGACAAGGAAGUGCCGGUUUGCUCUGCGUGCACUUCUGAGCUGUGUAACGAGCCAGACGAAGGAAGCUGAAGACGCUGCUGGGGAUUUCCAGUCUGAGGAAGAAAAGGCUGAGAGAUUCCCAAGAGGAUGCUGGGAGGGAGAUCAACGGGACGCAUCCGGACCCCAAGAGAGAGCAAAGGAGCAGUGGCGGAUGGCAAGGAACACGAGACAGAUUUCGGCACAGGACAGGAACUUUUCAUGGGGAAGGCUGUCCACAGCUGGAACAGGGUCCUAGAAGGACAGGCUCUCCCUGUCUCUCUAGGGGUUCGUGAGCCUGCAGCAUGCGCGCAGGGUUACUGCGGAGGGAAUCGAGUCAGCGACCGGACCGGUGAACUAGAUGGUCUUGCAGCCUCGGGCGGCCCCCAGCCCCGUGCCCCGCGACAUGAGGCGGGGGCCGCAGACGGCGCAGCCCCCAGCCCUGUGCCCCGCAACAUGAGGCGGGGGCCGCAGACGGCGCAGCCCCCAGCCCUGUGCCCCGCAACAUGAGGCGGGGGCCGCAGACGGCGCAGCCCCCAGCCCCGUGCCCCGCAACAUCCUGUGCCCCGCAACAUGAGGCGGGGGCCGCAGACGGCGCAGCCCCCAGCCCUGUGCCCCGCAACAUGAGGCGGGGGCCGCAGACGGCGCAGCCCCCAGCCCUGUGCCCCGCAACAUGAGGCGGGGGGGCCGCAGACGGCGCAGCCCCCCGCCCUGUGCCCCGCAACAUGAGGCGCUAGCGAAUGGCGGUGGGGCGCCGCAGACGGCGCAGCCCCCAGCCCUGUGCCCCGCAACAUCCUGUACCCCGCAACAUGAGGCGGGGGCCGCAGACGGCGCAGCCCCCAGCCCCGUGCCCCGCAACAUGAGGCGCUAGCGAAUGGCGGGGGGGGGGGGCCGCAGACGGCGCAGGGCUCUGUGCUGGCAGAGGCUUCUCUUCGGUCGGGGUGUGGCGAAUAAGACCUAUCAAGACUGUGCUCCUUGGCAAACUUGGGCUCAGUGUAAACUUAUUUCAGGAUAAAGAACGGAGGGUAGGUGAGCUCUGCGUAGCAGGCCGGCGCAGCACCCUAAACUGUAUUUUUGUUUUUAAGUUUUAUUUUUAUUUCACCUCAUACAUAAACACAAUUCUCUAACUUUCCUUAGUAAAAUUUUCACUUUGGAUUCCAGCAACGUGGCCAACUUGAACUUGGGAGAGAAGUAAAAUUCACUAUCUAGCUCUGGGAGGGGGAAACAAUCUGGUGGCGGAGGGAUCCCACUUCUCCAGUUUCUUCCUUUAGCGUAGUUUGCUGUACAUGGAAAAGACUGUUAUCAAACCCGUUAUCUGAUGACAUUCUACUUCAGAACUUAUGAGACUAUCAUCUCCCUAAUAUGGCAGUGUCUUGAUUGAAGAAUUAUACUUCUAAUUUUCCUGGUCACCUUCCCCAGAACAAGUAUAUAUUUUUAGUAUGUCCAACUUUUUCCAUUGCCUGCUAAGUUGAAAAGUAUUUGUAUUGUAAUAGUUCACAGUGUUUCACAGUAAAAUAGUUUCAGUCAUUUUCUACCACGAAAGAGGUAGAGUCUUAGGAAAACAAAACUUUCUUUUACAAUCCAUUCAAGUUGUCGGCAUCAUCAGCCAGAGCAGCCAGAGAACCGUAAACACAUGUGCCGACCCUCGGGACCUACGAGUCACGUGUGCAUAUUAACUAGGUACGUGGUACCUCCGGGGAAGUGCUCCGAAGAGGCCACCUGCUGGCCUGUCAGGUGUAGCUGUCCUUCCAGUGAGAAUCCGCCAGCCAUGCCCUGUCCCUUUGUUACCGAACUUGUGCCUUCUCCUCGAACAGGCGAGAGGAGCCUCGGUCACAGGCCCACCUGGAGAGCAGGCUGCGCCCCUGCCUGCCCAUCCCCACUCUUGCGGACGUCUGUCCGGCAGAGAACAUACCUGGAGAUGAUUUUGUGGAAAGUGUAGCGGAAGUCUUGGUUCCGGUAGGCGUAGACAAUGGGAUUGACGACCGAGUUGGCGUGCGACAGGAGGAUGGCCGUGUUCAUGGCCCACUUGGGCUUCUCCUUGGCCCAGCCUGGCUGAAAGAGCGAGGCACAGUUGAUGGCGUGUACCGGCAGCCAGCACAGAGCAAAGAUCCCAACAAUCAUGGCCAGGGACUUGGCCGCGUGGACCUCCCGCUGGAGGACAGUCCUCGAGUGGCCCACGAGCUCCAUGCGCCGGAGCUGCCUGCAGGCCACCAGGAAGAUCUUGACGUAGAUGACCAGCAUUAUGAGCAGCGGGGGCAGGACGCACCCAAAGAAAUUGAAGUACACCAUGUAGCUCAUGGGGACCACGUUCUCAAAAAGACACUUCACAAGGCAGCAGCUUGCGUUUGUGGUUCCAUCCCAGGGCUCCGUGCAGUUGGCGGCACGGUCUUUACUGUUCCACCCCAGGAACGGGGUCAGGCCGAUGCCCAAGGCGAGGACCCAGAGGACAGCAAUGACCCCUCUUGCUCGGGCCCCAGUGACCAGACUCCUAUACCUGUUGAAAAGAACAGCAUCUGUCACCGCCAGCGUACAGCACUCUGCCACCGAAGUCCAAGACCCCACCUCUGCUCUUUGUUCCUUUGCCCCAACAGCCUCUACCGUUCAGCCUCAGGGGGCACCGUGGCCUUUUACUCUCAGCACUAACAGCUCGCAAACAGGUAGAAACAGCUUUGCUCUAACAAGCUCAAUAAGGUUUUCAUUCUUAAUAACUCACCUCUGUCUAAUGACUAAUCAUGGUCGAGGAGAACAAGUGGAGAAUUCUUAAAGGCUGCUUUCUAAUCACCCAGAUACUGACCUUGGGUCUAGGUCUCCUAUGAGACACAGCUCUAGGGGGUCGAGAUACACCAGGGAAUGGAACCCACAAGACCCCUGCUUCUCAGGGACUUAACGUUCUAGCAGGGGAGACAGAUCAUAAUAAACAACAAGCAUAGGUUAGUAAAUUAUACAGAAUGUUAGAAGGAGACGUGUAGUGUGAAAAGAGAAAAAGCAGAGUGAGGAAGGUGAGCUGUGGCAGGAACUAGUGUUAAAGAGGUCAGGCAGGGAGGCUUCACUGAUAAGAUGCCCUAGAACAAACACCCAGCAAGUGAGGACCGGAGGCCCCUGGAGUCAGGCAGCCCCACCUGGUGACUCUGGGCGAGAAGCCUUCUGGUCAGUCUCCCACCAACACCCUAGGAAGAGUCAUCCCCCUGAAUUCCCCGGUAAGGUGCUGGAGAACGAGAGUUCUAGCAGCGUCCCUGGCUGUCUCGGCUAGCGGCGAAGUUGAUAAAAAUUGGGAAAGAACUUAGCAGAUAUCAAACCUUUUUAGUAAUUUUUAGACCAUUAAAUCUUAUUUAAAAUCUCUAAAAAUCAUCAUACACAUUUUGGACGGUUUGCUACAAGGUAGUCCAUAUAUGGUUUAUAGCAAAGGUAUAAACUCUGCUAUUCAUAACUGGUCCAUCGUAUGUAUUUAACAUAAUGUAUUGAAAAAAAUGAAAUAACAUCUCUACUUAAGCUCUGGGAAGAAAACUGGGAAAUAACGAUACACAUUAUCUUAAGACUCGUGUGUGGGAAGCGUCCGACCUCCUUCGCCUGCAGGGUUAAGCUCACACUUCUCAGCAUGGACCACGGAGCCCUCAGGCCGCAGCCCCAAGUGCCCCUGCCUGCUGUUCCAGACGGCUGCUGCGUCCUGGCCCGGCUGCUCUCCUGUCUCAAAGGUCACCUCCUUUCCUGCUCCCUUCGCAGGCAAAGGUGGCCUCUCCCACUCUCUGGCCUCAGACACACACCUGUCAUAGAGCUUGUUUAUCUCUCGCAGGUGUUCAGCCUUUUAAGGACUUGGACCUUGUCCCUUUGAUUUGGUGU